GCGAGAUAAGGCUGAGAACUAAAGAUGCCCUGUAUGUUAUCAUUCCAGCCUCUCGCAGUGGAGAACAUGGAGAAAUAUGUGAGGCUGAAGUUCCGUGAGGAUGAGACGCAAGUGUUGGUGAGAGAUUUGGAAUCUCUCUGUCAAGCGGUCAGGCACGAAUUCGGUCUCCACUGCCAGACCUUCCACCUCUUCUAUCCUGAUGGAGAAUCCCAUCCAUUGACAACCUUAGAGGCCUUGAAGAACGCCUCAGAUCCAGUCGUGCGCGUCAUAGUGGAUGAACCCCUUCCAAAGACCAGAUCUAUUGCGCCGGCAUCCACCAACCAUGGGACGCCAGGGGAAGGAGGGAAAACGAAGGAAAGAGCGAUCGUGACCCUGAAGGAAAGAUGGAAGAUUGUGGAGAAGAAAAAUGGGAUGCAAAUCCAUGGCAUCCCGACCAAGAUUACCAGCUUAAGGGACCAGGAAUUUGGGAGGCUCCGAAUUUCUGAGAUCGGAGAGUCUCCCAUUCCAGGGCGAUACUCCCCGGGCAAGGUCCUCUUCCUAAUCGGAGCCACAGGCGCAGGAAAGACGACGUUGAUGAGCGCGAUGGUAAACUAUGUUUUGGGCGUGAAAUGGGAAGACGACUUCAGACUCCGCCUGAUGAACACCGAUGAACGAGAAGAGGACCCAACAUCGAGUCAGACAGACUCCAUUACGGCCUACACCAUACAUCCCCUGGCUGAGAACGAAAACGUCAUGCAGACUCCAUCCAGUAUAACCCUAGUGGACACACCGGGGUUUUUGGACACACGGGGCCUGAAAGAAGACCGAACCUUGAUCCGACACAUUCACAGGUUCUUCACCAGAUGUGUGGACUGCCUCCACAGGAUCGGGAUCGUGAUCCCGGCCACCACGACCCGUCUUACUGCUUCCCAGAGAUUCCUAUACGAUCAAAUACUCUCUCUGUUCGGUCAAGAUGUGAAAAACCGUUUCGUUCUCCUGUCCACGUUUGCAGACCACGCCGAACCUCCAAACCUGAUAGCUGUGAUGCAGUCUGGGAUAUCGUACCGAAGUUCGUAUCAGUUCAACGCUGGGUGUUUAUACUCGAAAAGCCAGGGGAAAUCUGGGAUGCAAGAGUUGCUGUGGAGAAUGACCAUGGACAACUUGCAGCUACUUCUCAAGGAUCUACUCUCUUCGGAUCCCAUUGGCCUGGAACUCACCCGCGAGGUUUUAGUGAAUAGAGAAGUGUUGGAAAAGGCUAUUGUGAGACUCCAAAGGGAAGUCAGUCUCGGGUUACACAAUGAUGUAUCUCGCACUCCUCCACUUUCAGGCAUGUCGAAGCUGGAAGAUCUAAAAUGCAGAUACGAAGCCAUAAGGCAACACAGGAAGAGGAGGGAGGCUGAGAAGGCUUCUAUGUUACAAGUGGCUCACGACUUCAAAGUGAAACAGUUGCAAGUUUAUAACCUCCUCCGUCGAGCCCAUCAGAGCUUGCAGCGACUGGACGAGAUCGCCCUGAAGCGUGACCCCCUCACAUUGGUCAACUUCAUCGAUCUUCUCCUCCAGAACGAGAAGAAUGAGAAACGUCCCGGUUGGGAAGUUAAAGUUGGCGCCUUGCGGAACUACAGGGCAGCGGCAUUCUGGAUGGCCUCGUUGAAGACCUCUGGCACUGACGUGGAUCCCUUCAAGCAUGAACUGGGGAAGUUGGAGGCUGCCGGGCUAAAGAUGGUCUCAUCCAAUGACACGGAAUCAAUUUCCUUGGAAUUCCUCGAUACUCCAAAGGGAUUUCUGCAGUCCAUCAGAUCACUACUCUCUCGAAAAUAA